AUGAGAAUAGGAUGUUUGAAGAGUUUGUUUCCAGCCCUGGCUGUGGCAGCAGUGCUUCUCUUUGUGAGCUCUGUCAAAAGGAAAAUUCAAACCCAAGAGAAGCAACUAUAUGAUGUGCAGAAAAACUUUUCACUACACAAUGCACUUCUCUUUAACAAACUGGAGAAACUGGAGGCUCAGGUGCACGCCAUGGCACAAAUAAAAAUCUUUGCAGAAGAGAUUAACCUUAAAGUGAAAACAGAGAAGAAACCAUUAGAGAAACUGUUUCCAAACUCACACCUCUUCCAGCAAUGGACUGUGGAACUUUCUGAGGAAGACCAAAGAAAGGCAGAAGAUCUCUUUCAGAAAUAUGGUUAUAAUGCUUUCCUUAGCGACCAGAUCCCUCUGGACAGAGAGCUUCCCGAGACUCGAGACUACAGAUGCAUUGGACGUGAAUAUCCAGAGAAUCUGCCCAGCAUCGGUGUGGUGUUGAUUUUUCUGGAUGAGGCUCUGUCUGUCCUUCAAAGAGCCAUUUGUAGCAUAAUUAACAGAACUCCAGCCCAUCUUCUCAAAGAGAUCAUACUGGUGGACGACCACAGCACAAAUGAAGAUUUGAAGACACAGCUGUACAUCUAUGUCACAUCCAUUAAUCAGAAGCAUUCAAACUUGGUGAAGCUGGUGUCUCAUUCAGAGCAGAGAGGUCUCAGCCAGGCUCGAAUCUCAGGGUGGAAGGCUGCCACCGCAGAUGUAGUUGCCAUUUUGGAUGCUCACGUGGAAGUCCAUGUCCAAUGGGCAGAGCCUUUACUUGCUCGUAUCCAGGCGAACCGCACGGUGGUCCUGAGCCCUGUGUUUGACAAAGUGAAUUUUCAUGACCUCUCAGUAACGAAAUAUCCUGCCGCUGCACAUGGCUUUGACUGGGCGCUCUGGUGCAUGUACGAGUUGUUCCCACAGAGGUGGUAUGAUCAAAAUGACUUUUCACAGCCAGAAAAGAGUCCGUCUGUAAUGGGCAUACUUGUGGUUGAUCGUCUGUUCUUUGGUGAGAUUGGAACUCUGGAUGGAGGGAUGGAGGUCUAUGGAGGAGAGAAUGUGGAAUUAGGAAUACGGGUGUGGCUUUGUGGAGGAAGUGUAGAGAUUGUGCCAUGCUCUAAAAUUGCUCACGUUGAAAGGGCUCACAAACCCUACAUGCUUGACCUCAGCAUUACAAUGAAGAGAAAUGCCCUCAGAGUGGCAGAAGUGUGGAUGGAUGAAUACAAGACAAAUGUUAACAUUGCAUGGAAUCUUCCCAUAAAGGACCAUGGAAUAGACAUUGGAGAUGUGUCAGAGAGAAAGAGAUUGCGAGAGAGGCUGAAAUGCAAACCAUUUAAAUGGUAUCUGGAAAAUGUCUAUCCUCAGUUAAAUCUCAAUAUACUUGGUUAUGGAGUGAUAAAAAAUGAUCUGCAAACAAAUUCAUGUUUGGAUCAGGGGCCGCUUGAAGAAAACACUCCCAUUUUGUAUCCAUGUCAUUACUCAUCUUCACAGGUGUUUCAGUAUACAGCUAGAGGUGAGAUAUUUAUUGGUCCCCUUGAAUCUAAUACACACAGUCGGACCCACUGUCUCAGUGAUCCAGGCUCAGGGAAAGUCCCAGAACUGAAUUUGUGUUUGGAUGAUAAAAAUCUUAAACAGCACAUAUAUUGGGACUUCAAACAGGUGAACACAUCACAACACCGUAAAAGUUAUACAUGCACUGUCAGGGAAAAUAGGUCUUAAACUUUAACUUUUCUGUCACGACAGAAAAGGUACAGUUUUAAACCUUUUUCUGACAGUGUGGCUGUGUCCAAAA